AUGAGUUGGCUGCGGGCUGCGGUGCUGCGGGUCGCGGGUGAAGGCGUGCGUCCGAUACUCCUCGGUGCCACAAACUUCCCGGAGGUUGCCAAGCAAAAAGGUGCUGUGCUGGAGAAGGCCUACAGCCUGUCGGAUCGCGCGGAGUUGGGCCAGUUCAUCUUGGAUGCCAACAUUGGUUUGGUCCGUGCAGAGUAUUUCUACAAGCUGCACAAGGCGAAGAUAGCCUUCCCCCGUCGGCAAGAAGCGGAAAGAGACAUCUGCCAACUCCCUGAUGGCUCACAACUGUCCGCCUUUGUCACACGGCGAGAAGUCCGCGAAUGGUCGAAAGGAACAAAGCAUUGCAUCAUUUGCUCUGUCUCUCACUGUUGGGAGACGCGUGAACAUCCCGACCCGUGCCGGUUUCAGCUGGAGCAACUUGUGAACUACGUGAGCUUGAAAGCUGACUUCUACGACAUUUGGUUGUUUUACGACUACAUGUCCCUGUUCCAAUUCGAACGGCAGACCGACCAGGAAGAAGCAAGCUUCCGGCAGUCCAUGGCCAACAUGCAUGUACUUUAUGCGCACGAAUCCACGCGGACCUUGCGCAUCCAAAGCCUUACGCCGAAGCCAAUUUGGGAGGCCAUGCUGUCCAGUGAAGCACGGGUGCAUGUGUACCACUUGGACACUGGUGGAAUCGCCGAGCGCCCUUUGAAAGACCUGGUGGCCAAUCGCACACCAUAUGGGGACCGUGGUUGGUGCAAAGCUGAAGUGGAGUGGUCUUCCACCCGGACCUCCACCGCCAGCAACCAGUGCAUUGACUCGACGGAAGGCCAGGCAGAGCUGGAUGGCUCCAGCCCAGGACGAGUUCCAACGAUUCCCGAAGUUUUUGAAAAGCAAAUGGCCCAGGCUGCCUUCACGCACCGCUCGGAUGCGCUUGCUGUGUUCCAUCUUCAAAAGAAGAUAUUUUUUCAGAAGGUUUCCGUCUGUGAGGAAUCAGAGCUGGAACACUUGCCGAAAGCAGAAGUAGCUGCACUGGCGCGCGCUUUGCCUGAGUACCAGAGUCUGCGAAGCCUGCGACUCCACCGCUUUGACUGCGGCCCGGCAGAAGCCAAAGCCUUUUGCCAGGCUGUCACGCGUCUCGGAGCCCUACGAGAGCUUGUGGCCACGAACUGCCAGGACCCAGUUGUUUUUGUCAAGGCUUUGGGUGAGGCUCUCCAACAUAACAGCGCCAUCCUGAAAAUCGACCUGGGGUUCAAUCGAAUCGGUGACGAGGGUGCCAAGGCCUUGGGAGAGGUGCUCAAGCAGAACAGCGCAAUCACCACCAUUAACUUGGACUACAACUCAAUCGGCGAUGAGGGUGCUCAGGCUCUAGGAGAGGGCCUCAAGCACAAUAACGCCGUUGCGCUAAUCAACCUGAAGUUCAAUUGCAUCGGUGAUGUGGGCGCUCAGGCGUUCGGAGAGGCCCUCUUGCACAACAGUGUCAUCACACAGAUCGACCUGAAGCGCAAUCACAUCAGCGAUGGCGGUGCGAAGGCUUUAGGAGAGGCCCUCCAGCACAACAGCGUCGUCACACAGAUCGACCUGAAGUGGAAUCGAAUCAGUGAUGAAGGUUGGAAGGCGCUUGCACCUCAUCACUCCAGGAUCAAUUUGCUGCCUGUGCACGAGCCUGAUCAAGGCUGUGGAUGA